AGAGAUAGACAGAAAGAGAGAUAGACAGAGUGAGAAAGAGAGAGAGAGAGAGGAGGAGGAGGAACUGUUGAUGCGCAUUAAGCGUUGAACUGUGCUCGACUCAAGACACUUCUCUGCACGCACUCUCGCUGGAGGAGAGAUAGAGAGAGAGCAAAGAAAGGGAACAAAAAAGCGGCAGACCAAGAGAAAGAGGAGAGGAGAGAGAGAGAGAGAAGGACUCUAGAGAAGAAAAGAGUGGUAUGGCUCAGGGUUCAGACAGUAAUGAUACAGGCUACACCAAAUCUCCAUCACCAGGACACAAACAGGGCUCAACAGACGACAUGAGGAAAGUGAUGAGGAGGGAGAAGAAUCGCAUCGCGGCUCAGAAGAGCAGGAUGAGACAAACGCAGAAAGCGGACAGUCUGCACCUGGAGAGUGAGAAUCUGGAGAAGGAGAACGCUGCACUGAGGAAGGAAGUUAAGAGACUGACGGAGGAAGUGAAGUAUCUGUCCGCACUGCUGAACAACCACGAGCCGCUGUGUCCCGGCCUGACUUCCACGUCCCCAGAGCUGCUGUACGGCUCACACACACACUCGCACUCACACACACCCUUCCACCAGCACAUCAACACGCCACACUACCCGCUCUGACCCGCUUCCCCAUCUCACACACACACAUACACAGACACAGACACACACACACACACACACACACACACUGAUAACCUUUAGUCUUGUGUACUUUGUUGUAUCAUGUUAAUUAAGAGUGUAUCCUGCGUAGUACACUCUGACCAGCAGGGCGGAGAUAUAUUCUAAUUCCUACACUUACUAAAGCUAAAUCCCAAAAAUAUGGAUUAGGAAGGAUUAUUUAUACCCUAACUAGACAUGGUGUAGGAAGGGGGGAAAAACAUAUGGUUUUAGUCUUAUUCGUCUUCACGAAAUGUUUAUUUGUUUAAUUGAUUUCAUUAAGAACGAGAUAAACAAUGAACGCGCGUUGUGAAGUGUAGUGCACAACAAAGGGUGCUAAAGCUGUUUACUGCAUGUAACAGAUAUCUUAAAAUGUUAGCUGACCAGCAGGGUGCCGUUCAAUGUACACGUGGUUAUAAAAGCCCCUAAUGACUUGUUAGUGGAAAUGUCAUUUUGCACCCUAUGUAGUGCACUUAUACAGGGGAAAAGGUGUGAUCUGAGAUCCAGCCCUAGCUGUUAAUAUGAGCAUUGACAUAGGGAGUCAUGUACACUGUGUAGUUUACUUGCUUCUAAAUUUAAAUUCUGAAUUAUUUUCGGACUUAUUUUUUAACACCCUGUGUAGUGCACUUAUUCAGGGUGUAGGAGUCCACAUAGCUGGACGUGACUCCUCAGUGCUCAAGCUGUAUUAUGCAUGGAAUGCACUAGAUAGGGUGUAGGAACCGUAAAGAAUCCUAACUGAAUCCUAUGUAUGUAGUGCCUCGAUUAGAGGAAAUUCAAGUCUGAAUCAUCCUUCUAUUAGACUUGAAGGGCACUAGAUAGUGUUUGGAUGUGUGUACUGGUUACGAAUCCCAAUCCUAGGUUACGUCCUACUGGAAUGUAGAAAUUAGCAUAGAAUGUAGAAAUAGUUAGCAUAAUGUCUCCUAAUGGCUCUCUAAUGGACAUAUAGUGCACUGAUGAAAGGAGGAUGGAGUUAUUUGGGACACGUUCAUAAGGACUUGUGGUUAUUACAGUAGUAAUGAUGUAGAAUCACUGGAUUAUUUAUAAUGUGACUUCUGCCUUUUAAAAGAAAGAUAAAAAAAAAUAAGCAAAAAGAAUAAAAUGUUAUAAACGUUAUUAAUACCAACAUUUUCUUUGAUGUUUUUUUAGUUUUUUUUUUUUCAAAUGACAUACUGAAUGUUUAUUGUGUUGACUUUUGUCCAGAUCACAUUGAUUUCCUGUCACACGUCUCAGCCGAGUCCUUUUCGAUAAUAAUAAAAUGCUGUACUAGUAUUUCAUUUGGGCUGAGAAGGUCAGCGUGUGGUGUAAUAAAGUGUUAUCCUCAGUCGAGGAAAUCUUUCAAUUAAAAAAAAUAAAAAUAAA